AUGAAAAUAAAAAGGGCAUGGUGCAGCGGCGGAGGCGGAAGAGGAAACGGUCCAUCCUCCACAUUCUGCAGCUGGCAUGGUGUCACUUGCGGCGGAGGCGGAAGAGGAAACGGAAGAGUGGUUUCACUUAAUGUGACCGGUCUACGCGGCGGUGAACUGGCGUCUUCCAUCAGAGAGUUAUCCGAGCUUCGAGUUUUGUCGAUUCCUGAAAACAUCUUCUUUGGCGAAAUUCCGGUGAGUUUGAUGAAUCUAUCUGGUAAUGCUUUUUCUGGUAGUAUUCCGGAUGGGUUUAUUUUUUCUAAGAAUAUGAAAAUUGUUGAUUUGUCUGAUAAUCAAUUUUCUGGUUCGAUUCCUGUGAAUGAUUCUGUUGGUUGUGAUUCUUUGAGGCAUUUGAAACUGUCUCAUAAUUUUUUGACUGGUGAGAUUCCUCCUCAAUUUGGGAAAUGUAGAAACUUGAGGACCCUUUUGGUUGAUGGGAAUAUAUUGGAAGGUAAAAUGCCUCUUGAGAUUGGGCUUGCGGUCGAACUUCGUGUUCUUGAUGUUUCGCAAAACAGUCUCACGGGGAGAAUCCCGAAACUGUUAGGUAAUUGUUUGAAGUUGUCUGUGCUUGUUCUUACUGAUUUGUUUGAUGAUCGCGGCGGUUCUGACGCGGGUAGUUUGUUGGAGGAUAAGUUUAGAGGUGAAUUCAAUGCUUUUGUUGGGGAUAUUCCUCAUGCAGUUUUGUCGCUUUCGAGUUUGAAGAUUUUGUCGGCCCCGAGAGCGAAUCUUGGCGGACGGUUACCUGUUGAAUGGACAGAUUCGUCGUGCUCUCUUAGAAUACUCAAUUUGGCUGAGAAUGAUGUUACUGGUGUCGUGCCCGCGAGUUUAGGGAUGUGUCGGAAUUUGACUUUCUUGGACUUGAGUUCUAACAAUUUAGAGGGAUAUUUGGUGUUGGAUCAGCUCCGUGUUUCUUGUAUGAACAACCGAUGA